UCGCGAGACUUGCCCUCUACAGACAUGGAGACGCGAGCUGCCUGAAUUUUAGUUCUCAUUGCUGUGAGAGGACAGCACCGCCUUGCACGAAGCACCCUUGCUGUGCGUUUCAUGUGCUUUUUAAAGAGGUAAAGUGACGAUAUAGUGCAUGUGAGUGAGGAGGUUUGGAGCUGCAGAGAGGCGCAUUGAUCGCGAGCAUGGGCGGCGUUUCCCGUCUGUGUGCGUUCAGAGGAAAGAGAAAGCUUCCAUAUAGGGGGAGAGAGCUCGGGGGCUCCAUGCACACUCAGGAAACAAGUCGACUGCAUGCAUGAAUACGCUUUCACUGCUGGAGGUUUAAUCACCGAUUAACCAAUUCUCCACCCCGUUUUCUGCUCAUGUCACCGGGGUGUGUUGGAGCAUCCGGAGGUAAGUGAUCCAUGAACCCGGGCAGCGACCCUCUCCUCCCGGGCUGGAGAAGGGCCAGCAGGUCGGGUCAGGCUCGGCUGCUGGAGGACUAAAUGAAAGGGGAUGUUUUGAAGGAUCAGCCUGCAUAUCUCAAGGAUCAAACAUGUGCGGACAAAUCAUGGAUCUUCAUCAUCCUCAUCAUCAUAAGUUAGCUGGCUGGCUCUAGGUUAGGCUGCUGACUUCUAGAUGUCCCGCCUCCCCUCAGGUGAGACAGAGGCACACAAACACUCUGACCUCCACCUGUGUCCACCGACAUGGAUAAACUCACCGUGAUUUCAGGAUGUCUCUUCCUCGCUGCAGACAUCUUUGCCAUCGCCAGCAUCGCCAACCCGGACUGGAUCAGCACUGGAGAAUCAGCUGGCUCUCUGACUGUGGGUCUGGUUCGUCAGUGCCAGACCAUCCACGGCAGAGACCGGACCUGCAUCCCCCCGCAGCUUCCCCCGGAGUGGAUCACCACACUCUUCUUCAUCAUCCUGGGCAUCAUCUCCCUCACCGUCACCUGUGGUCUGCUGGUGAUGUCACGCUGGCGCCGCGAAGCUGCCCGAUACGCCCGAUGGAUCGCCUUCACAGGGAUGGUCCUGUUCUGCAUGGCUGCCCUCAUAUUCCCCAUCGGCUUCUACAUCAACGAGGUUGGAGGACAGCCAUAUAAGCUCCCCAACAACACGGUGGUGGGCUCCUCCUACGUCCUCUUUGUUCUGUCCAUAUUCUUCACCAUCGUGGGACUGCUGUUUGCUGGGAAGGUGUGCCUGCCCGGCUGAAAAUCUCUCCUCUUCUUUUUGUGUCUUUGGAGAAACUCCACCAUUGGAGGCAACUUUUGUGACUCUUCAUGGCAGUGUUGGAAGCAUCGCUGAAGUUGAACAAAACUGAGAAACACCUGUUUGUGUUUGUCCUUUGGAUGAUUUGUCACGAUGCCUGUAACUGGAGCCGAAAUCACGCCAUCCGUACAUCUGUUUGUUCAGAGACUGAGCAGAGGCAGAGAGCUCUGAAACAGCCCUUAUCAUCAUCAGUCCUGAACGAUGAGUGUGAAGUGAUGAACAGGCAGGAGAAUUAAAAAAACACAUGAUGGAAAUGGAUUCAAACAUCCGAACUUUCAAGGGAGGCCUGCUGUAUUAUCCGUCACCUUAACAUUUACUGACAGAUAACCCUUGCUCUUCUCAUCCCAUCAACAAGAUGCACACAGACUGACAUGUCAGGCCACAUGCUGGCCAAAGCACCAAAUAUCAGCCAGUCACCUCUUCCCUGACCACAGCUACAUGGAACUAUCUGUAAUAUAUACAAUGAUGUUUCAUUUUCUUGGCACAUUUUAUUUAUUUGUUUAAUUGUUCAGUUCUGUUUUUUGUAAAGGUAUUUUUUAUUGAAAGGCCUAAUGUAUCCCAGAGUUUCCCUGCCGUUAAUAUGUGUGGUGGAUCACUUUGCCUUAAAGAGCUGUUAACCUUAAAAUAAGUAUCAUAUUGUUGAGUUGUAGUGUCUUGGGAUCAAUUUUAAAAUUCUGGAUACAUGAAAUGAUCUUGCAUAAAAAUGUUAGAACUAGAAUGUAAAAUGGGCUUUCAGGCAACAUCGGUCCAAAAUGAUCAUAAUGAGGAGUGAGUAGUGUAAAGUUGUGUGCAUGGAUGUGUUGCAUUAAUAUGAGCUGGUCUCUACGAUGAUGUAUGGAUCAGCAGUGAGCCUCACAUCGACAGGUCACACCUGUUCCGGUCUCUCUGUUACGGCUUUGUUCUUUCUAGUGAUGUAGUGAAUGUAUUAUUCACCUUUUGAGCAUUUCCUGUUGUUUAAACACUGUAUCAAGAAAUGACUGGAUCUAUGACUAGUUUGUUUUAUAUAUUUGAGAUGCCGACUUCAUUUCUGUGUAAAUGACAGACAGCCAGUCUGUGACGUUUUCUAGAAGCACUGUGAUGUUCUUGAAUGAGCAUGGAAGAUCUCAUUGCAUUAAAAAUGACUCAUUGGAACACUGAUUGUCUCAAUUUGUUUUAAUAAGUUUCUUUUAGAAGGCCAUAUUACUGUAAGUACUGUAAGUGCUGCACUGGGUUAAGGCACUAUGUAGGUAGUUAUAUGCAUCCGAGGCAAUCUGACUGUGUUAAAAAAUCCUUUAUUAAUACAUGGAUAACCAACGUGUUUCGACUAGAGAGUCUUCAUCAGGGUGUAAAAUGCAUUGGAAACAGAUGUGCAAUUUAAGAACUCAGGUACACCGAUAAGCCAAAACAUUAAAACCACUGACAGGUGAAUUGAAUAACUUUGAUUAUUUUGUUCCAAUGCAUUGUUCUCCUGGGAAACCUUUGGUUCUGGCAUUCAUGUGGAUACCACCUGACAUGUUCCGCCCACUCAAACACCAUUGCAGACCAAGUACCCCUCCUCAUGGCAACAGUACUCCCCAAUGGCAAUGGCCCCCUGGCAGAAAAAAGCACCAUGCCACACUGCAAACAUCGCUCUGGAAUGGCACAAGGAAUGUGACAAAGACCUCAAAGUGUCAACCUGGCCUCCAAAUUCCCGAGAUCCCAAUCUGAUUCAGCAUCUGUGGCAUGUGCCACCUCAUAACCCUCUGGACUCAAUGGAUCUGCUGUCAACACACUGGUGCCAGACACCGCAAGACACUCCCAGAUCCAUCUGGGGUACCGGCUAAUCACAAGAACCCUCGAGCAGAUUGGGACCUGAGAAAUUUAGACACCAGGUCGACACCUUUUGCUUUUUCUGCUGGAAUACUUCCUGUCUAGUUUUUUUCUGUCUCUUCUGGCAUCUGCUGCUGUGUCAUGUUUUCUGGACAUGUAUAUGGUUAUUUAUUAUGAGUUUUCCCUACAUCAUACCUUCCUCUCAGCAUUGUUAUGUUUUUGAACAAGUAUUAGUGAGGGUGAGCCCUUGAGUGUUUUAUACUCUCUUUUAGGAGUAUAAUAUUGCUGUUGGCAUGUUUCUCUACAUAUAUUACUGAGGGUGAUCCUUUGUGAGCCCUUUGAAGUUUUCCUGCCUUUGAAUAUUGAGGCUUAACUUUAUCCCUACUGUCAGGUCUUUUUGUUAGUUAUCAUGAGUCACACUCUUUAUAAAUAUUUCAACUUUAUACAUGUUAUGAGUUUUUUUGUUCAUCCACACUGUAGUACAUAUUGUUUCUUGUCUUUGUCAGAUAUUUUACUGCAUAUUUUCAUUUUCUGUCGCUUAAUGUGCAGGUUUGUCACAAUAUGUUGAUUUUCUUUUUAUUUGGGAUUCUUGUUACUACAUAUGUGAAUUACUCAUAGUACACAUUUACUUCAUUUUCAUUUGCAAUUUCUUUUAAUGUGGUUCUUGUCUAGUAGUAUUGUGUGACCUGUGUCACAUGGCCUCUACUUUUUAAAUUGCACACCUGUUUCCGAUGCAUUU